AUGCAGAGGAAACCCAGAUCUAGCGCCUUCAGCUCCGUCGACAAUCAAGCUCAGGGUGGAGAUGCCACCGAGUAUUGCAUGUGGUCGAUUUGGAGCAGAUCGGGGAAUGCGCGCCAGUCCAGGACUCAACGGGCGGUGGCUGUAACACGAACACGAACACUGACGGCGACUGCGGCUGUGAGAGUGUUGGUCCAUGCGACUGUGACGCCGGAGUUGACCGUCAAGGAGUCUCUUUAUGAGAGGAGCUUGAAGCUCGUGGUUCUGUUAGGCUAGCUAGUAUUGCGUUGGAGAGGUCUGUCUGUCUAUCUAUCCUCAUUCACCCACCAUUUAUGAUCUCUUGUCUCCAGACUUGUAGUCAACGUUGUGAUGUUUGACUCGGAUCUGAACGACAAACCAGUUAUCGCACUACUUUCCUUAUCACACUCGAGUAGGGAUGGCAACAAACUCAUGGACGUGGGUAUGAUCUCUCAUCUCCAGACUUGUAUAUAAUUUUUGCAUACAUUUCUC